AUGGAAGGGGAACUGUACGAGUUUCCUUUUCUACAGGAAGUCUAUACACCACGCGAUGCCGCUAAAGUCGACUUUGUGUUCGUUCAUGGUCUGAAUGCUCGCGGUCGAAAUGAUCAUCCUUUCAAGACAUGGACGCACGAGAACGGCAAGUUCUGGCCAACAGAUUUCUUGGCAGAGGAUAUGCCGUUCGCACGCGUCUUUGUUUAUGGCUAUAAUUCGAACAUCACCAACGCUCAGACUAUGUCUACUGCCAGUAUCAAGGAUCAUGCAAACACGCUAUUGAACUUGUUGGAUAUGGAGCGGGCCCCAUCGAUGCAUGCCCUGCCGCCUAAGAUUAUAUUCAUUGGACAUAGUCUCGGUGGUUUGGUCAUAAAACAGGCGCUUCUCAACGCGAAGGAAGAUCCCAAAUACAACUCCAUCCGCACGGCUACAUCUGGGCUUGUCUUCUUUGGCACUCCACACCGCGGUGCAAAGGCAGUCGAGCUGGGAAAGAUCGCAGCCAGGGUUGCCAGAUUCAUCUCCAAAGGCCAAGCUAGUAACGACCUCCUCAACUGUCUGGAGCAUAACUCUCUAUUCACGCGUCAAAUGUCCGAUCGAUUCCGACACCAACUGGAGGACUAUCGCGUUGUCAGUUUCAUCGAAGGGAAAGAAGUUCCAAUUGCCGGUGUGGGUCCAGCGUCUAUAAGCCAUUUGGUUGUGGAUGAGGAGUCCGCUGUUCUCGGCCUGUCGGGACUACGAGAGACUCAACUGAAACUUGACGCAGACCAUUCCCAGAUGUGCAAGGUAGCAAGCCGGGGGCCUAUGUAUAAGUUAAUCAAGGGGAAUAUUAAGCAGUUGGUAGACCAGGCAUUGUUGGCAGAUCAGGGGUUCGUUCCUCAGCAAACUCCACAUCCAGCAGCAGCUCAGUCUCCGCCACCGGUGCCACCGCGUAUGCAUUCCAACAGCAGCUCUGCGUAUGCACCACCUGGAAGAUCGAAUGAGCCAGCAUCUAGGAUUUCGGGAACGUUAUUCGUGGCUCAAGAUAGAGAUCCCCGAUCAAUCCGGUCGGCAGAGUUGAAAAAUGUCGCGAAAUGGGAAGAGGCACGGAAUAUCGACUAUGAGCUUUUCCAGGAACAUCUCCGGACACUGGGUGCGGAUCAUUCCAGCACCUUGUCAGUUGGAUACUUGCUAGCGGAAGUGGAGCUGGAAGGCAACUACAUCCCCAAGGCCACCGAAUGGGCCCAGUGGGUUUCUGAGAAUGCACAACGGGUAUUUGGAACGCGACAUCCGUUGUCAAUGAAGACAGAGAGCUUAAUGGCUGAGAUUAUUUGCUCAAAAGGCAACUAUUCUGAAGCUGAGUCGAUCUGCGCCAACGUGCUAGCCCGACAGCAGAUGACUAUAGGGGAAGACCACUUCGACACCCUGGAGACUCGUCGCCGAUUAGGCAUGGCAUACAACGGCUUGAAUCGACGAGAAAACGCGCUCAUGACCGCAGAAAAGAUCUCCGAGACGUACAAACGUCUUCUAGGCGAUAACCACAUUAGAGUAUAUGCUGCCAUUCUGGACACGCUUGAGUGGAUCCUUUACAAUCAUUCAGAAAGUGUCUAUGUCACAUUCCGCCUGCAGCCUGACGUGCGACAAGCAGUAGAUUUGCUGCCAAAUGUGCAUGAAGAACUCAAAACUGCUCUCGGACAGUCACACCCCCUCACCGUCCGGGCCCUCUCAAUACUCGGCCGAGGACUGACGCGCGCUCAGCAAACCGUCGAAGCUUCCGAGACACUUCGCCGAGCCCUGGCACUCUCCGAAGAAGCAUUCGGCCCCGAGCACCCACAAACGAUGGACGUUGUCAGUAGCAUUGGAAUAAUGUACAUGUUCCAGGGGCCUCAGAUUCCGAUGGGUGCGAACAAGCGGACCGAGUCACUACCAUGGUUGGUUCGCUACCUUGACUGGACGGAGCGGCGCAGGGGUAUAGAUAACCCAGAAACGCAAAUCAUUUUAGAGAUGCUUGGGAACGUGCACUUCCAGGCGCAGGAGUAUGCACCAGCUCAGAAAUAUUUUGAGCGCGCUUUAGCUGCUUAUGGGAGUACGACCUCCACUGUGACACAGCGCAUCAGUACUAAUUUGCAGCUUUGUCGGGCGAAUACCAUGUAUACCAACCCUGGGGGAAUCGGAGCAUUCUUGGCAGCUCUGCAGCGACAUUAG